ACGCAACUGUCAAAUUUCCUAUUCGUUCAUUUCGGAAGUUUGUUCUUCCUAGUUAUUCCUCAGUCGGUGUAAAAAAAAUCUAAAGACAGAGCACAGACAUACAAAACAGGCUUCGAUCGUGAAAUACCUAGCUGCAUUUAUUUCGCUAGGACAACGCAACGCAAAAGCAAUAUUUUUAAUUUAAGUCGCGUGUGUUUCCAUUCUUCCUGCUGCGUAUUCUAAGUUCUUAAAUCAUAAUAUUUCUUUUCUAUGUAUUGAUGUUAUCAUGUGGCGCCCGACGUUCACUAUAUUGCGCAAAGUGAUUUUUCCUUCACUGAAAGAAAACGCUAACUUGUCCCGAAUUUUAUAUUCCACCAAAAGCCGGCUUCCAAGGUCAACAGCCAAAUUGACCCUGGUGAGUGCCAGCGUCGGGCUCCUGAUAGGUGCUGGCUAUGGAGGUUAUACACAUUAUAAAAUAAAUACCAAGAAAAAUACUGCAUCAGUGGAGGACCUAGCAUAUCCAUUUUUAGAGCAACUUCCAGAGUAUACACCGCAUUCUAGGAUAGUGAAUGAUGGCGACACGAGCAAUCUUCAGCUUGUCCUGUUCCAGUACAGAACAUGUCCAUUCUGCUGCAAAGUACGAGCCUACCUUGACUCUCGUGGUAUCAGCUACGACAUAGUGGAGGUGGAUGCUGUCUUGCGGCAGGGAAUCAAAUGGUCCUCUUACAAAAAAGUACCAAUUGUGCUGGUUAAAGUAGAUGAAGGAUAUCAACAACUAAUGGAGAGCACUGCGAUCAUGUCAAUUUUGGAGACAUACAUGCGAGACAAGUCGCAAGCAGUACAGGACGUUAUCAAGUUUUAUCCCAACACCAGAUUUGUCAGUGACGAUGGAAAAGAAACUACAGACAUAGCAAAUAAAUACUUUAUAAUGCACAAUGCGGCUGUACCUGAUGGAAGAGAGCGGGGUGAAGAAGCAGAAGAGCGUAAAUGGCGUCAGUGGGCAGACCGCGUUCUUGUUCAUACGUUAUCGCCCAAUGUCUACAGAACGUUUGGAGAAUCCUUGGAGACAUUCAAAUGGUUUGAAGAAGUGGGUGGCUGGAAGCAGUCUUUUCCCAACUGGGAGUGCGCCCUUAUGGUUUACGUCGGCUCUGUGGCUAUGUGGAUCAUUUCUAAAAGACUUAAAGCUAGACAUAAUAUCAAAGACGACGUUCGACAGUCGUUAUACGACGCCGCCAACCAAUGGACGAGUGCGAUCAAGAAGAAAGGCACUCGGUUCCUGGGCGGAGAUGAGCCGAACCUAGCCGACGUCAGUGUGUACGGUGUUCUGAGCAGCAUCGAGGGUUGCGAGGCUUUCCAAGACCUGAGGAGCCAUACGAACAUAGGCGUUUGGUAUGACGACAUAAAGAACACGAUUAGCGACAAAAUGGGUAAAGUCAUUGCGGCCCAUGCACUUGCAUGAUCUCAUCGUGUACUCUUUCGCACUUUGAUAAAGCAAUUUAGAUAACCAUUUUAACAGUACAAUAUUUUUUUCAUCGUGCCUUUGAAAAUGUUUUAAAGUAAUUUUGUUGAAGUUAAAUAAUUCUAUUAUAUUUUUAGGUUACGAACCUUGCCAAAGGUUCAAAUGUUAGUGUUAUUUUUAUUUGUGAUUACGUAUUUCGUUGUUGUUAUUAGAUAUAUUGCAUUGAAGAUAUAUUUUCUUACUAAAUAAAUUGUCACCGCAAUAUGUAAUUCCUGUUAGUAGUGAAAUUGAAAUUAUAGAAAUAAAGCUGGACAAGUUACUUACAUAA